AUGGCAACAUCUCCUCCCGGAUCACCAGGCUUACCACGACCAUCAAGCGCCAUGAAGCCGGUACCGAGAAGUAGCAGCCGCAUGAGCAUGAAUAGCAAAGCAGGCGGGAGCAGGGCUUCGGAUGAAGAUGGAGGUCGCACUGCCGUGAAAGUUGCCGUUCGCGUGCGGCCACCGCUGAAACCUACGGAUCCCGGCUAUGAGCUGAUUCCGCAGCGAUUCCAACGUUCUAUGGUACAGACCACGUCGGAUACGAGCAUUUCCAUCGAUUCACCGCAGGGGAAGAAACUAUUCGUUUUCGAUCGAGUGUUUGGUCCCGAUGUUGACCAAGAAGGAAUCUGGGAAUACCUGCAAGAUAGUAUUAGCGCCUUUAUCCAAGGUUAUAACGUCUCCCUUCUCGCAUAUGGUCAGUCCGGCGCAGGAAAGUCUUAUACGAUGGGAACAUCUGGACCUCUGCAGCAGGGUGAUAUGGAGUCCAUGGGUGUGAUCCCACGAGCCGCGAUGGCUUUAUUCGAGAAGUUAGAAGGUUCUUCGCGAAAUUCGAAUCGCAGUUCUACAUCCCAAUUGCGAACGCCAGCGCGAUACUCAUUGCAAACGCCAACGCCGAAGAGCGAGAAGAAUUGGCAAUUGAAAGCGACAUAUGUAGAAAUUUACAAUGAGCAGCUUCGCGACUUGCUUGUGCCAGACCAUCUUCAGCAAUAUGAGCGGAGCAAUGUCACGAUUCGUGAAGAUCAAAAGGGUAACAUCAUUCUUACCGGCCUGCAACAGAUUGACAUUAACUCAGUGGAUGACCUUAUGAAUGCUUUAAACUUUGGUUCGACAAUCCGACAGACUGAUGCGACAGCUAUUAACGCUAAAUCUUCGCGUUCGCACGCCGUCUUCAGUUUAAAUUUAGUCCAGCGCAAAAACAAAUCCCAGAGCUCUCAGGGAGCCAAUAAGAGGUUCUCGGUUCCACUAGAGGCCAUGACGGGAACCGAUACAUGGGUCACCACAGACAGCAAACUUCACUUCGUUGAUUUAGCAGGUAGUGAACGUCUAAAGAAUACUGGCGCUCAGGGUGAGCGGGCUAGGGAAGGUAUCUCCAUCAAUGCUGGUCUCGCUGCUUUGGGCAAGGUUAUAUCGCAGCUUUCAUCUCGACAGGCUGGAUCGCACGUGUCUUAUCGUGAUUCAAGGUUAACGAGACUCCUUCAGGAUUCCCUCGGUGGGAAUGCCAUUACCUAUAUGAUUGCCUGUGUGACCCCGCCGGAAUUCCACCUAAGCGAAACCCUGAACACAGUACAGUACGCGCAAAGGGCCCGUGCCAUUCAGAGUAAGCCGAGGAUCCAACAGGUAGAGGAGGGUGAUAAGCAGGCAAUCAUUGAACGACUAAAGGCCGAAGUGGCUUUCUUGCGCGACCAGAUUCGAAACACGGAACGUAGUGGGGGUGAGCGUCGCAAUGUUACAACAAGCGAGAAGUCCGAGCGGCAAAACGAACGAGAGUCGGAACUGCAAGAUCAGCUCUUGGACAUCCAGGAAAGUUACAACAGCCUAAGCCAGCGCCAUGCUAAGCUCAUUGCCGAAAUGGCCAAGGCCCGUGACAACGAAGCUGCCGAAAAUCAGUCUCUUGAUGAUCACGUCGGCGAUACAGCAACAGAGAGGUUAAAUCGGUCUAAUUCGUUUGCUCAGGCUGUCGAACAGGUUGUAUUGGAAUACGAAAAGACAAUACAAUCACUGGAGCAGCUACUUACUAGCACACGGGCCACACUCUCCAGCACAGAAACAAGCCUUCUUGAGAAGGAAACUAAAUGCGCCUACGUUGAAACCAUCAAUGCUCAGCUGCAAAAGCGUCUGCAAAAACUGAUGGAUCGCGAGGCCAGCACGGAGAGUUAUCUUCACGACUUGGAAGCCAAGCUUGAUGGUCACACAUCUGGCGAAGAAAAGAAUGCCACCAUUGUCCUGGAAUUACGCAAGGAGAUCGCACGAAUCCGAGAGAAUGAAGCCUCUUGUGAGGAGUAUAUUUCAACCUUGGAGGAGAGACUUGCGGAGUCUGAUCAAGACCAAGAGUUGAUGCAGCGCGAGAUUGAUCGUCUCGAACAGGUUAUUGAACGCCAACGAAGCCUCGGCAAACUCGACAAUCUCCUUCACGAACUCGACCAUAUCCAGCAAGACGGCAAGGAACCCGACGCCCAACCCGAACUAGGAAAUGGCAACGGACAUCGUCGUACCGUUUCAGAGCGAUCGACUAAGAGCCAUGCUAGUCGACAAAGCUUAGGCAUGAGGGGAACUCUUCCGGAAGUCGCCGAAGGUACCGAGGAAGAAGUCAACGACCAAGAUCACCCCGAUACUGUUCUUGAACAUGAAUCCCUCGACAAAGUUAUCGAAACGCCAGAAAGGGUGCCCACGCCUACGGAUUAUCUACCUCAAAGCCCGGCACAAAACAAGUACGUCGCUGACAAACUCGAGUCUGUCACCGAAGAACUCGUUGCUCUACGGGUUGAACAUGAAUCAACUAUCAACGAAUAUGAUAUGCUUCACGCGAAAUACGAAGAGGCUUUGCGUUCCCUAGCAGAGUUACAAGACCAGGUCGAUGAGGCAAGGUACCCAACCCGUCCACGCGAUUCAAUCAUAUCUAUAACAUCUCCGAGCGAGACGAGGCCUCGGAGUUUUUUAUCCGAGAUGAGGUCAAGCGACGCCAGAGAUGGGACACACUUAUCGCGAUCUCUAUCCUCGGAAUUAUCAUCAGCUAUGGACUCCCCUACUACUCUCGAUAUUCCGGAGAGCGAAACCUCCAAGUCUUGUGAGUCCCGGGAGACUCUGAUAGCCGAUACUUCAAGCGCCGACCACAAUGAAGCCCUCACAGCUGAAUUGAGGAGGCUCAAAGCAUUAGCUCAGGAAAAGCAGGCAGCCGAGAAAGAACUCGCCGAUAAGUACGCUCAACUGGAGGAACAGCACCAGGAAACGCUAGACAUGGUAGAAGAACUCAAAACCGAAGUAGCCAAGGCCAAAUACGCAGAGCCGCCUUCUCCAAGGACGGGUACGCCAGUGAUUCGCCGAAAGUCCAGCCAGAAUGUGAUGACCAUUGACCGUGCACAUCGAUCAUUCGCAACGCUCAGAAAUAUGGCAGCUGAACACUUCGAGGGCCAGCCUGCCGUCAUGCAAAACUUCGAUCGUAACCUGAAUUCUGCCAUGCACGAGCUCCAUGUUAGAUCAGAGCGUAUCCAAGAAUUGGAGGCUGACAUUGCUGCUGUGAAGAAAGAAAUGGAGAGCAAGAUGACAAUAAUUUCAGGUUUAACACGUGAACGAUCUAGCUUGAAGUCUAGCCCGAUAGAUAUUUCCAUGGUUGCUGCAUUGAGGGAGCAGCUAGAGAGGAACGAACGACAGCUUCUAGACAUGAAAGAGAAUCAUGCUACUCGUGAAAAACAACUCGUUGACCAGUUGGAGGCUCUGCGCGUUUCGGUCAAGGAGGCUGAUGAAGUCAAAUCGAUGUCAGCGGUCCCAGUACCGGAUGGAAACGAACAAGAACGUGAGCUAUGUGCAGCCCAUGAAGCUAAGAUUGCUCAUCUUGAAGCCGAACUUGCCAAUUGGGAAAGUAAGCACGACGCUGCGUUAAAUGCUCUGCAGGCAACCGAGCAGCAAAUGAAGAAAACCAUCAGCGAUCUUGAGGCUGAGGUUGCAGCUGCACAUGCAAAGGCCGACGAACCCCGCGCCGAGGCAAAGAGCGAUGAAGAAUCCGACGAAGCGGAAGCUAAGCACCAAAAUCUUGUCGCCACGCUGCGCAGUGAGAUUGAGAAGUUCAAGUCGAUCGUUGAUGGCAAUGCUGCUAAAGUAACUCAACUGGAGCAGGCACAUGCUCUCGCGAAAGAUCAACUGGAAGAAGCUUUCAAAGCGCGAGAUAUUGCUUCUGCAGAAUCGCGUGGCUAUCAGGAACUUGUUAGCCGGCUCGAAAUUCAGAUUGCAGAGCAUGAGAAAACACUCCGUAAUUACGAGCAAAACCUUGCUCAGCUCCACGACGAGCACGCCAAGGAAAUUGAGGAAAUUCGAACCAGCUCCAAGGAGGAGUACGACGCGCAAAUCGAUAUCCUUAUGUCGGAACAUGCCGAAAACAUAAAAUUACUGGAAAGCGAUGUCACGGAAGCACGCGAUGGGCUAAUGAAGAUUGCUACUCAAGUUGCUUUUGCCUUGGGCCUUGAUAUAAGCGUUGACAAGAUCAGCGAACGUAUUGAGGAUUUGAUUGCGGAUCAAAAGGCCUUGAACAUUGAACAACAGAAGUCCGUCGAGCUUGAAAGUCAUAUCGAUGAGCUAUCGGCGAUUAAUAACACGAUUAUGCGUGACCUUGAGACCGUGAAAUCUUCGUUGAAUGACAUACUCCAUCCUGACGGCGAGGAUACCAAGAACCCCUACUCCUCUAUAACGGAGCAGCUUACAGCCCUGAAGAAACGAAUGCAUGAUCUCGAGAACAAGAAUAAGAAACACUCUCGUCUAGUGGAGGAGUUAGAGGACCAACUGCAGACUAACUACGACCAAGCUCAACUCACCAAUAACAGAUUGUCUACACUCCAGUCUGAGCGCAAUAUGCAGCUAGAGGAGGCUAAUGCAGCUAGAAUCAAGGCGCAGACGGAGUUAGAAACUGUCCGGGAGGAAAUGGUGGCACUGCAGGCCCGUAUUGAUGAGCUUAGCGCUGCCGAAGGACCAAAGCGGACCGAUUCUACGAGCUCGCAGGUCCGCAAGACAUCAUCUAUCAUAUCUUUGCCGUCACCACCACCCGCCAUUCCUCUUCCCCCUCUACCACCCAAUGGUACAACUUCGCCAACUCAAGGCGUUCCAGCAACGCCAACAGGUGGCCGGCCAGCUAGCCAUGACGUCGCUUUAGCCCAGAUCCGAGAAGACCAGGAGGCACGCAUACAAAGCAUCGAGAGACAUUUGAAAGCUGAAAGGCAGCUUACUGCUACAUUGGAAGAAGCUUUGACGGAUCUUGAAGCCCAGUCUAAGAAGAUGAAGGCUGACUGCGAAGCCUGGAGGAAACGCGCCCAGGAACUUGAGGCUGAAGUCAAAGAGCUUAAGGAGCGACCCCAACAAGACAACCGAUGGCGUGAUAGCCUUCAUCAGAUCGAGGAAGAGCGUAAGAAGCGCCAAGACGCCGAGAGGGCUAGAACCCAUCUGGAAGAGCGUAUGAACGCUAUCAACAACAAGAAAAAGAAGAAGGGCAGCCUCAACUGCUUUUAG